AUGAAUAUUCCAAGCGUUCCUCACUGUCUAUUUAUUCCAAUUACCAUUGGGUUUUUACAAACCAAUUUAUAUUACGAGACUUCUAAUACACCUGAUGAAUUUCUUCCGUACCAACCACAAGAUACUAUCGUUAACACACCGUCUUCAGAAAUUAAAUGGAAUGAUAAUAAACGUAAAGAAAUACUAAAGGCACUGGCAAAAAAGCAGGAAGGUAUUGGUGACGUUACCAUUAAAAAAAAGCUUUGGAAGCAUGCAUCAAUUUUGGUAUCUGAUGAGAAAAAUAUUUAUAGUCCUAAGCAAUGCGCAACUAAGUAG